AGCUCCGCCCCUUUUGAGCUUCCAAGUCUUUGAGACGCGUGGACAGUCCCCAGGAGCCAGGGUGGAGUCGGCGCUAAAGUUGAAACUGCAAGAUGGUCGCUGAUGGCCGGAGCUACUUCCUGUGCUACGGCAGCGCGUGGCUCCUGCUGGUGAGCCUCCACGAAGCGUCGGGAUGCCGACGAGUCAUCCACGGACAAGUCGGCGACACGGUGGAGAUGUCGUCGUGUUUACCGAGCCAAAACGUCACUUCUGCCCGUUGGAACUACCGAGGCAGUAAAGUGGCGUCCUCCUUAGACGGCGUUGUCAAGGCGGGUCCCUUCGCCGGAAGAGUAGACCUCGACCCCCGUGACUUCAAUCUGACACUGAGGGCCGUGAGUCUGGAGGACUCUGGCAACUUCAGUUUUGUGUCGGCGGUCAACGACCAGCAGCGAGUUACGGUGGAAGUCACGCUAAGAGUUCACGAGGUUAUCACGACAAAACCUACGGUGAGCGUCAAUGCCUCGUGGUGGGCCUCCAACCGCUCGUGCAGCGUCCUGCUGAGCUGCAGCGCCUCCGCCAGCGAAGGGCCGCUGGAGUACGAGUGGCGGGUGGGGAACCGAAGCCUGAGCGGCCCGCGGCAUUGGGUCAGCGUGGCGCCGCGGGGCGCCCCCACCCAGGUCACCUGCACAGUUUCCAACCCUGUGAGCACCAAGUCCGCCUACACCUCCGUGACGUGCGCCAACGACACGGCCGACGUCAUGUCGCCGACAGAUCCCAUGAGCUUUUCGGUCAAACUCGGCAUGGCGGCGGGAGGAGCUUUCGGUCUGCUCGUCUUGGUGGCCGUGAUCGUCGCCGUCGAUUGUCACCGACGCCGCAGGCGCCGGCUAUCAAGCAGAGUGUUUGAGGAUCCGACGAUCUACGCGGACAUUGGCGAGGCGACGCCGAACUACGUGAGGGAGCCACCCGGAACGGCGCCGUUGGACUCCGUGCACACGGUCUAUGACGAGCUCCAGCCAAGCCGCAUGGGCUUGUAAGAGCACGGCCCUUAAUGCGCCAUUUUGUGGCGGCGGCUGAAAGCUGAAGCUCGUUAAAAGUCAAACGCCUUUGUAUAUUGUAGUUUACUUUAUUGUCUCCUCAAAUAAACCACGUGAGCACAAUGCACAACAUGCAA